UAUAUAGUUAUAUACCCUCUCUCUCUCUCUAUCUCUCUCACAAUAUAUAUGCAUAUACACAGAUCCCCAUGGAAUGCAGGGAGGAAUGCCACCCAUUUCCCAGCAUACCUUUGCUUUGCUGAAUUUCAUUCCUUUUGUUUUGUUUGAAAGGAACGAUAUACAUUGAACCUCUUUGUGUAUGUGUGUGUCUAUAUAUAUAUAUCAGUGAGAGAGUAGAGAGAGAAGAUUUCUUCUACUGGUUUAGCGAGCGAGAGAGAGAGAGAGAAAGAGCGCUCUUCUUGUUUAUAGUAUAUCUCUUGUGUUUCUAAUAAGAGCUUCUGCAGAAAAAACUACUACAAGAGAAGAAAAUUUAAGUUUGUAGAGAGAGAGAGAGAGGAACAUGAAAUGAUUAGUCGAUUUUCCCCCCAAUGAUUGAGUUGCGCCUUGAGUAGCAGUAAACGAAAAAAGUGCCGGAGAAAUGAAGAGCAUGAACGACGAGGAGAGCGCCACCACCGCCGCCGAUAUCAACAACUGGCUGGGAUUCUCCCUCUCACCUCACAUGAAAAUGGAGGCCAACUUCAGCCAAGCCCCUCCCACCUCCUCCGCCGCCGCCGCCCCUCCCAACAACUUCUACCUCGCCAACUCCGCCGCCAUGUUCGCCGGCGACGACUUCCACCCUCCCCUCUCCGUGAUGCCCCUCAAAUCCGACGGCUCCCUCUGCAUCAUGGAAGCCCUCUCCAGAUCACACUCCCACGCGCCGCCCAACUCCUCCCCGAAACUGGAAGAUUUCUUGGGUGGCGCCACAAUGGCGGCGGCCCACCAAGCCAUGGGCUUAACCCUCGACACCUCAUUCUACAGCCAACAACAAAACCAAAAUCACUACUUCUCCAACUACAACUUCUACCAAAACGAACAACACCAAAUACCUCAAAUCUCCGAAGACGAAAUCCCAUGCCUCAAGACAUGGAUGGAUCACCACCACGCCCUGCAGCAAAACCACAUAAACAACAACAACAGCAUGGCUGAGGACCGAAGCGCGGCGGCGAUGAGGUCCACUGAAAUCCAAUCUCUGAGCCUAUCGAUGAGCCCUGGCUCGCAGUCCAGCUGCGUCACCGCCUCGCGCCAGAUCUCGCCCACUCAAACAACUGAAUGCGCGGCCAUGGAAACAAAGAAGAGAGGAGCCCAGAAGCUCGGCCAGCAGAAGCAGACUGUUCAUCGCAAAUCCAUCGACACAUUCGGCCAGCGGACAUCUCAGUAUCGCGGCGUCACCAGACAUCGUUGGACGGGUAGGUAUGAAGCUCACUUGUGGGAUAACAGUUGCAAGAAGGAGGGGCAGACCAGAAAAGGAAGACAAGUCUAUCUUGGUGGUUAUGAUAUGGAAGACAAAGCUGCCAGAGCUUAUGAUCUUGCUGCUCUUAAAUAUUGGGGCCCUUCUACCCACAUCAACUUCGGACUCGAGAACUACCAUCAGGAACUCGAGGAUAUGAAGAACAUGAGCCGACAAGAAUAUGUUGCUCACUUGAGAAGGAAAAGUAGUGGAUUUUCUAGAGGAGCUUCCAUAUACAGAGGAGUAACGAGGCAUCACCAACAUGGUAGAUGGCAAGCGAGGAUCGGCCGUGUUGCCGGCAACAAGGAUCUCUACCUUGGAACAUUCAGCACGCAGGAGGAGGCGGCCGAGGCUUACGACAUUGCUGCGAUCAAGUUCCGGGGCGUGAACGCUGUCACCAACUUCGACAUCUCCCGAUACGACGUGGAGAAGAUCAUGGCCAGCAACACUCUGCCCACCGGGGAGGUGGCCAGGCGGACCAAGGAGGGGAGGCCUGCCGCUGAGGCAUCUGUCGACGAGUGCCACGCCUCGUCUCAGAGGGGGGAGGCGUGUUCUUCUGCGCAGGUGGAGCACGUUUCCAACGGGUGUGAUUGGAAGAUGGUGCUCCACAACAACGAAGCCCCUGCCCCUGCCCCGGGGCAUCAGGGUGUUGGCUCACUUGAUGUGAAGACUUUGAAUCUCGGGAACUAUCAGCACCCUACGUUCUCUGUGGGCCUGCAUGAUCUGAUGGGUCUAGACUCGAGCCAGAGCCAGAGGGUGGUGGAUGAGUCGGCAGCCACGAUGGCCCCCCACUUCUCGAACGCGUCGUCCUUGGUCACGAGCUUGAGCAGCUCGAGGGAGGCUAGCCCCGAUAGGUACGGGGGCCCUAAUAAGUUCAUGAGCCCCUCGAGCAAUGUGGGCGCGUGGAUUCCGACGGCUCAGCUGAGGCCGGUCCCGCUCACCACAGCUCACUUGCCAGUGUUCGCGGCAUGGAACGAUGCCUGAAGGCCCCCCUUGGUUGGGGCUUCAUGUGCAGUUCUUGCAUGAAGAAGUGGAAGAAAUCCCCCUAAGAAAAAGGGGAGAGAGGGGCAGUUGGCAGAUUCAAAAGAAAAUGGAGAUGUUGGUUAAGCUUUUUUUGUGUAAUGGUGGAAGACAUUGGAAAUCAUGGAGGGGACAAGGGUGGGAUCCAGUUAUCUAUUUGUAACAAAGUGUUUGGAACUUUUUCCAAACUUAAAAAUGCUUUUUCUUCAUAUUGGGAUCAAGAUUUUGCAAAAUGGAGGGAAUCUGGUUAGGGCUCUCAUGAUUAAAUUUUCCUUUGUAUUGUUGAAUCGGCUUUAUUAUAAAUAUAACAAUAUGUGUAUCACAUUAGUUCCCUAUCAA